AUGCAGGAGGCCGUCGAAGUCAAAACCAUUGAAGACAAUGAAACCUAUUUCGGUUUUCCAGAAACUACAGCAGCAGAUCCUUUUAUAUCCAACGCGUCUGUAUACCUCUUCGAUGUGAAUGAGGUCCCGGGGAGGUACAACGUUGAAGGAUGGUGCGACUUCAGUUUCCCGGGCAAGUACGGUCGUAAUGAGGCGUACGUCAUCAUCAACUACAUGAUGGAAACUGAUGUCGCCUCGUACAGUGAUGACCAGGGUGGAAUGGUGUUGAUGCAUGGUAUGACGGGAGAGUUUACGUUGGCGCAAAUGCAUGAUGCCUCCUUCACCACAUCCAGCAUUGAAUUUUAUGUUGCAACGACUAAGAAGCCUGUUCAGAUGGAAAGUUGCUACUGCCUGUUGUAUUCCCGUGAGGCUGAUGCCCGCGCAAUGGUUGAGACGCUAUAUCAGGUCACUGAGGCAUCCCCAACACCAGGCGACGUGGGGUCAACGUCGACAACUGUUUCAUCGGAGGCAUCCACUACCACUGACGGCCCGGAGUCAUCCACUACCACUGACGGCCCGGCGUCAUCCACUACCACUGACGGCCCGGAGUCACCCACUACCACUGACGGCCCGUCGUCAUCCACUACCACUGACGGCCCGUCGUCAUCCACUACCACUGACGGGCCAGAAUCAUCCACUAUCACUGACGGCACUCAGUCCGACAUUACCACUGGCGGCAUAGGGUCCACCACUUCCACUGGCGGCCAAGAGUUCACCGCAACCGCACUGCACCACGACCAUCCUUAA